AUGGGUACUGCAGAAUCGAAAGGUGGUCAUCGGCAUAGAUCAAAUAAGCAUCCUCGUCGUAAUAAUGAAAUAGCAAUAACACCUAAAUGUCGUCAUAAAACGAAAGAAUCGGACAUAUUGAAUGUAGGCAAUAAAAAUUCAUUAAGAAGAAAAAAUGAAACAAUUGUACCACUUAUAACUUCGUCUCCAUUGAAUCCGAAUUUAAACGGUUCAAUAUUAAAUCAUUCAUUUCCUAUACAACGUUCUUUUUCAGAAGUUCAACUACCUUGUUACGAACAAUCACAUGAUGAAAGCAUAGAUAAUCUACAUCAAUUUGAUUAUGGUUCAUUUGAACUACCAAAAGGUGUACAUGAUUAUCGAAAACAUAUGCAACGUGUUGAUGAAGCAAAUCGUCCUGUAUUAGAAGGACUUUGUCCUGAUAAAAUGUAUGUUUCAACAAAUGAUCUUCGAAUAUGCGAUACCCAACGUUUACCACCACCAUUGCAAUGUAAAACUACUCAAGGUUUUUUUCGAUCAAUUCCUCAACAACAAUUUUAUAAGAAGAAAAAUACUUUAAAUGCAUCAUUUCUUUGA